CGAGCUUCACCCAGCGAGGAAGAAGCUCCAGACGUCAGUUGAAACAUGGCGCUGACGAGGAGAGCUGUCAUCACCAUCAGUCCACAGGAGGAAACAACAACCACUACCACCUCCACCACCUCCACAGCUUCUCUCUGAAACUCAGCGACGGGAUUACCUGUUUACUACUGAAGCUUACUGGAGCACAUUUACCUGCAUUUCAUCCUUUUGUCUGCCACCUCUCGAGGACUCAACGUAAGCUAACUGUUAAAGUGCCAAAAAUAACGUUGAGGAAACAUGUCAGACAACCAGAGCUGGAACUCCUCCGGUUCCGAGGAAGAUGUGGAGCCCAGAGAUGAGUCUGGACAUCUUAUUGGUAUCGUGGACUUGAGUGGAGUCCUCAGUAAGUGGACAAAUUACAUCCAUGGAUGGCAGGACCGUUGGGUGGUCCUAAAGAACAACACACUGAGCUACUACAAGUCUCAGGAUGAGACGGAGUACGGCUGUCGGGGUUCCCUCUGCCUUAGCAAAGCUGUUAUUACUCCUCAUGAGUUUGACGAGUGUCGGCUGGACAUCAGUGUAAACGACAGCGUGUGGUACCUAAGAGCACAAGACCCCGAGCACAGACACCAGUGGAUUGACUCCAUUGAGCUGCACAGGAGUAUCAGAGAGGGGAGGAGAGAGAGGGGAGGAAUCCAGGGAACAAUAUUCAUCCCUCCACCACUGGCUGAUUCUGGAUAUGGCUCAGAGUCCAGUCUGCGGAGACACGGCUCCAUGCUGUCUCUCACAUCGGCCACGAGCGGCUUCUCUGCCACCUCCACAUCCUCCUUCAAGAAGGGUCACAGCCUGAGAGAGAAGCUGGCAGAGAUGGAGACCUUCAGAGAUAUCUUGUGCCGGCAGGUGGACACGCUUCAGAAAUACUUUGAUGGCUGUUCAGACGCCGUGUCGAAGGAUGAGCUGCAGAGGGAUAAAAUCGUGGAGGAUGAUGAAGAUGACUUCCCCAACACCCGGACAGACGGAGAGUUUCUGCACCAAAACAACAACAACAACGGCAGCAAAGAAAAAUUGUUCCAGUCCUUGAGUCCCAAGGGAAUCAAUGGCAUAGACUUUAAGGGUGAGGCCAUCACAUUCAAGGCCACCACCGCUGGGAUCUUGGCCACUCUGUCCCACUGUAUCGACCUCAUGGUGAAGAGAGAGGACAGCUGGCAAAAGAGAGUGGAUAAGGAGAUGGAGAAGCGGCGAAGAAUAGAGGAGGGCUAUAAAUCCGCCCUCAAUGAGUUGAAGAAAAAGUCUCACUUUGGAGGUCCAGAUUAUGAGGAGGGUCCAAACAGCCUCAUUAAUGAGGACGAGUUUUUCGAUGCUGUUGAAGCUGCUCUCGACAGACAGGACAAAAUAGAAGAACAGUGUCACACUGAGAAGUCGAGGAUACAGAGAUCCAGCCCGGUCCCUCCUGGAGACGUCUAUUCCAGCACCGGCACACACAGAUUCUCUGACAAGCCUCAUAGUCAGUCCUCCCCUGUUGUGAUAGUCAGCGCCCCUCACGAUGUCCACAGAUUCAGCACAGAGGUGGAGGAGAUGGUGCAGAAUCACAUGACCUACUCCCUGCAGGAUGUUGGUGGAGACGCCAACUGGCAGCUGGUUGUAGAAGAGGGAGAGAUGAAGGUGUACAGGAGAGAGGUGGAAGAAAACGGGAUUGUUCUGGAUCCGCUGAAGGCCACUCAUUCAGUAAAGGGGGUGACGGGUCACGAGGUCUGCCACUACUUUUGGGACACAGCCUACCGCAACGACUGGGAGACCACCAUUGAAAACUUCAAUCUCGUGGAGACGUUGUCGGACAACGCAGUAAUUGUUUAUCAAACGCACAAGCGGGUGUGGCCGGCGUCUCAGAGGGACGUGCUGUACCUGUCGGCCAUGAGGAAGAUCUUGGCUAACAAUGAGAACGACCCCGACACCUGGCUGGUCUGCAAUUUCUCCGUGGAUCACGACGAGGCACAGCCAUCCAACAAGUGUGUCCGAGCCAAAAUCAACAUCGGCAUGAUCUGUCAGACCCUGGUCAGCCCGCCAGAGGGAGAUAAGGAGAUCAGCAGAGACAACAUCCUGUGUAAAAUCACCUACGUCGCCAAUGUGAAUCCAGGAGGCUGGGCUCCUGCCUCCGUGCUCAGGGCCGUGGCUAAGAGGGAGUACCCCAAGUUCCUCAAGCGCUUCACCUCCUACGUCCAGGAAAAAACUGCUGGCAAACCCAUCUUAUUCUGAGGCUCACAGUGUUGACACAUGAGGACAGAACUGCACAUGAGGCUUUGAGGACACACUGUCUUCAGACUGACUGCUGCUCUGCUGCCGUGACCAGACAAGUUUUCUCCCUUCCAGUUCUUAGCUACAAGUUAGUCCCAGUAGAGGGGAGGACGGGUCAUAAUGGUGCCCUCUGGUGGCCACAUUCAAACAUUUGUGAGACAACCCUUGACCCUAGUUAAUUGGCAGUGAUGUCAUAAUUUAUCAUUUCAAGAGAAAUCACCACUUGUUUAAUUGAUAAAACACUAAAUUGCUGUUAUUCAAAAGGAGAUUAAUUUGAGCGUCAAUAGAAAUAGAGUCUACAGAUAUGAAUACAGCCAGCAGGGGGCCCAGUCGACCUUCCCUCCCCAUGAAAGCAGCUCCUAAUGUCCCAGCUGAGGCCAUACUUCAUGCUCAUGUAGAAGACUGACUCGUCAUGUCUCUUUUCUUACAUAUAUAUUAAUAUAUAAAUGUAUGUACGUCCUAUAAGGAGUUUGUAAAAAAGAAACAAACAGAUCUUUGCUAAUAGACUGAACUAUUUUAUUCUUGCCAUUUAUAGUUCAUAUUUCUUUUCUUUUUUUCAUAAUUAGUAAUUUCCCAGCUUUCUUUUUAAGCUGCUAACUUUUGCUAGUAAAACAUCGAUUAAGUCCAGAGGGCUGUCAUCAACACGUGACCCCUAUGAUAUAAGACUUGACCUCUCUGACUCCGUCGCCUCUCAUGAAAACACCUCUCGUCGGUGCUGACGGAGGGACGAGCCGAGAGGAGUUUGUCAUAUAUUUAAUGUACAAAACAGAGUUCCUGUACAUUGUUUGCUUGGCUUUAUAUUAGUUUCAUUGUAAAAAAAAAAAUGUCGUAGUGUCAUAGCACAUAUUUUGAAUGUUAAAUUGUAAAUAGCGUCACUAACAUUUCUCUGAACGUCGGAUAGAUUUCGUGACUUGAGUCGAGCCCAAAUGCCUUAGUGUUACAGCUGAAUCUAGUUUCAGAUGGGAUGCUGUUAGUGCACCUAUGAAAUCACUAGUGAAGUGCCUCAUGGCUGCGUCCCCCUUAUUAAUAUCUCCUCUAGGAGAAAACAAAAAUAUUUACUGAAUGAAGCAGGUGACACUUAAUUUGGAUUUCCCACAGAUGGCUGGCAGGAUAUUUUUUACAAGUUCUAGUAUUAUGAAGAUACAUUUCAAUUUAAUUUCAGUAUAAGCAUCGCCGCCUCAACAUUUCAGUCAGUGUUUCUGGUGUUUGGUACAUGUGCUUCAGUACGUACCGGCAGUUAAAGUACUGAAGCCGUUCCGUUAAUACAGUCAAGCUAUUUUUCUGUCUAAAAGUGCAUAGCUGCAAAGUCCAGAGUUUAGCGUCUAUAGAGAGGCGAAGUCCCUCCCCUUCCGGUGGACCCUUGUUUUGGAAAAAAUAUGAACAAUAGUCAUCGGAGAGAGAUAAAUAUUUUUUUGAUCCUGUUUGAAUUGCGCUACGAAUCACACAUA